GAUAAAGAGAAUGAUGAAAAGAAUGAUGAGAAUGAUGAAGAGGAUGAUAAUAAUUAUGAUAAUAACAAUAAUAUUAAAGCUUCGCAUAAGCCAGCUUGGCUUGGAUUGCCACUAGCUCAAGCUGAGCCACUUUUUUUCGGCUCAGCUCAGCUCAGAUUGUGGAGAUCAAUUGACAAGCAAAGCCAAGUCAAGCCGGCUUGCAAGUCAGCUCGUUCGGCUUGCAUUUAUAUUUAG